AUGAUUAUUGUUAGACAUGGAUUGAUGAUAGUUGGCUUGCCCUUUGCAGGAAAAACAACUUCCUACAGGGUGUUGGCCGAUGCACUUGCGUUGGCCGAGGAAAGAGGUGGCAUGGAUGAACACAAAGCUAUAUACGUUGUAAUGAAUCCGAAAUCGAUCACGAUGGGUCAACUGUAUGGCCAGUUUGAUCCAGUAUCGCAUGAAUGGUCUGAUGGUGUACUGGCCGUCAGCUUCCGACAAUUUGCGAUGUCUACCACAGAUGAUAGGAAAUGGCUUAUUUUUGAUGGUCCUGUAGAUGCAGUAUGGAUAGAAAAUAUGAAUACUGUAUUGGACGACAAUAAAAAGUUGUGUCUGAUGUCUGGGGAAAUCAUCCAGCUAGCAAAUACGACAAACCUAAUAUACGAACCAAUGGAUUUGGACGUAGCGUCUCCUGCAACGGUUUCUAGAUGCGGUAUGAUUUAUAUGGAACCAUCGUCACUAGGUUGGGAACCGCUUUUGCUGUCAUGGCUCAAUACAUUGCCUCCAUUCUUAAAUACCGAUUUCUAUAAGACUAUGAUACUGAAUUUAUUUAUGAGAUUUUGUAAACCACUUUUAUGGUUGGUUAAAAAAGGAGACCUGAAGGAAAUCACCCCCUGCCAAGAAACAAAUCUUCUCCAAGCUGUAAUGUACUACUUCGACACAUUCAUGGACGACUUUUACGACGAAAAAUAUCGAGAGCAGGUUUCCGAUCUGGACGUCAGAGCACAAAUAGAAGGUUCAUUCUUCUUCUCGUGCAUUUGGGGCCUAGGUGGAACUUUAGAUUUACAAAGUAGGCCAAAAUUCAACUUUUUGUUUAGAGCGCUAUUAGAGAAAGAUUUUAAUCAAUCAGUGAGCAAGACUAUUAAAUAUCCGUAUGAGAUCAAUAAGCCCGACAAACCGUAUAUAUUUUCUUUGCCAGCAGGAGAGACAUGUUUUGAUUAUAGAUUUAUAAAGGAGGGUAAAGGCAAAUGGAAGCUUUGGUCGGACGAACUGAUGUCUGCCCCGCCUAUCCCGAGGGACAUUCCCGUAAAUCAAAUUAUUGUGACAACGGUCGAGACUAUUAGAAAUAUGGCUUUGAUGCAGUUGUUGGUUCAGCACAACAAAGCGAUGAUGAUCAUCGGGCCGACGGGCACGGGGAAAUCAGUUUACAUCACAGACUUUCUUCUGAAGAGAAUUUCGAAAACUUACAUACCACUAUUUAUAAACUUUUCCGCCCAAACUACCGCCAACCAAACACAGAAUAUAAUCAUGUCCAAAUUGGACAAAAGACGAAAAGGUGUUUUUGGUCCGCCUGUAUUGAAAAAAUGUGUAAUAUUCGUCGAUGACGUCAACAUGCCGACCAAAGAAAUAUAUGGAGCUCAACCACCCAUAGAAUUGUUGAGGCAAUGGUUCGACCACGAAAUCUGGUACGAUCUCAAAGAUAUUGUACCCAUGAGACUAAUUGACAUACAGUUCAUGUGUGCCAUGUGUCCCCCUACUGGUGGUGGAAAUGUGAUAACUCCUAGAUUUUCCAGACACUUUGUCCAUCUUUGUAUUGAUGAAUUUCAGGAUUCUGUUCUGAUCAAUAUUUUCAGCAAAAUAAUGCUUUGGCAUUUGGACACCAGGGGAUUUUCCAAAGAGUUCGAUCCAUGUAUAGAACAAAUAGUGAAUGCGACUUUGGAGAUUUUCAAGCAAGCUCGACUGAACUUACUGCCAACACCCGCAAAAUCACACUAUCUUUUCAAUUUGAGAGAUUUCUCUAGAGUAAUACAGGGUGUUCUCUUAUCAGUACCAGAAGCCAUGGAGGAUCUAUUAGCUAUAAAACGCUUAUGGGUGCACGAGGUUCUAAGAGUGUAUUACGACAGACUUGUGGAUAAUGGUGAUAGAGCAUGGAUUUUUCAAGCUCUAAGAAAAGUCUGUACGUCUUACCUGGAAGAAGAUUUGGACGAUUUGUUCAUCAGACUAAAAAGACCUAACGUUCCGGUUGGUGAAGUGGAGCUACGUAAUCUCUUGUACUGUGAUUUCGCAAAUCCAAAAGCAGAUCAAAGACAUUACAUGGAAGUUUUAGAUCUAGAACAACUGACCUCUAUAGUGGAAGGAUAUUUGGCUGAAUUUAAUAAUAUGACAAAAAAGCCUAUGAAUCUGGUGUUGUUCAGAUUCGCUAUUGAGCACUUGUCCAAAAUAUGUAGGAUCCUGAAGUCGCCUAGAAGCCACGGAUUAUGCGUGGGUGUAGGAGGAUCAGGACGACAAUCGUUGACGCGCUUAGCGGCUCAUAUUGCUGAGUACGAUUUGUUCCAAGUUGAAAUUACCAGGCAGUAUGGCAUCAACGAAUGGCGGGAGGAUGUUAAGGGUAUUCUUAGAAGAACUAGUGCGACAGAUCUACACGGUGUUUUCUUAUUUUCUGACACACAAAUCAAAGAAGAAGCCUUUCUGGAAGACGUCAGCAACUUAAUGAACUCUGGCGAAGUACCCAACGUCUUUACAUCCGAAGAAAAAGUGGAACUGUGCGAAAAAAUGCGGCAGCUCGACAGGCAGCGCGACAAGUCUAUGCAGACGGAUGGAAGCCCGCCCGCACUGUUCAACUUCUUUGUUCAAAUUGUGAGGGAACAGCUUCAUUUGAUACUUACGAUGAGUCCGAUUGGGGAAAGUUUUAGGACUAGGGUUAGGAAGUUUCCGGCGUUAGUGAAUUGCUGCACCAUCGAUUGGUUUCAGUCUUGGCCUAAAGAUGCUCUUCUAGCAGUAGCAACGAGAUUUCUCGGAGAGAUAGAACUGACAGACAUAGAAAGAAAAGUGUGCAUUGACAUGUGUCAAAUCUUCCACGUCUCCACUCAAAAUUUGUCCAACGAAUACAUGCUUAGACUUAAUCGACACAACUACGUUACGCCCACAUCCUACCUAGAGAUGAUCAGCACGUUUAAGACUUUCCUUACAAAACAAAGAACGGAAGUUCUCCAAGGAAAACAUCGUUAUGAAGUAGGCUUAGAAAAACUAGAGGCAGCUGGAGCCGAGGUAGCAGUAAUGCAAGCCGCCCUCGAAGCCUUACAACCCCAAUUAGUAGUAGCCGCACAUAACGUAGAAGAAACGUUGAAAACCGUCGAAGCCGAGUCACAUGAAGCUGCGGUGGUCGAGAGACACAUCCAAGAGGACGAAGCUGUGGCCAAUGAGCAGGCCAAAGAGUCUCAAGCUAUCAAAGACGAUUGCGAUGCAAAUCUGGCGGAAGCGAUGCCGAUAUUGAAUGCAGCGUUGGCAGCUUUGAACACUCUAACGCCAGCUGAUAUUAGUGUUGUUAAAACGAUGAAAAAUCCUCCGAAAGGGAUUAAGUUGGUGAUGGAAGCUGUCUGUAUAUUGAAGGACGUCAAGCCCCAAAGAGUUCCCGCGCCGAGCGGCAUCGGACAAGUCGACGACUACUGGGGACCUUCGUUAAAAGUUUUGAGCGACAUCAAAUUUCUCGAAAGCCUAAUUUUGUAUGACAAAGAUAACAUUCCUCAAAGAAUAAUGGACAAACUUCGACAUCAAAUAUUAAACGACGAAAAUUUCGAUCCGGACAAGAUUAAGACCGCCUCAACUGCAGCAGAAGGUUUGUGCAAAUGGGUCAUAGCAAUAUCGAAAUACGAUAAAGUGGCGAAAGUUGUAGCACCCAAGAAAGCUGCAUUAGCGAUAGCAGAAGGACAUUUGGCAAAAGCAAUGGCUGAUUUGGAACUGAAAAGGGCGCAACUGCGAGAAGCUAAGGAACGAGUAGCGAAGUUGGAGGCCCAACUGGAGAUCGAGAAGAAAAAGUUUCAGACUUUAACAGACGAAGUAAACCUUUGUCAACUUAAGCUACAAAGAGCAGAAGAACUCAUUGGUGGCUUGGGUGGUGAGAAGGACAGAUGGAAACAGAUUGCCAAAGAUUUGGGCGAAAAAUAUUACAUUCUUACAGGCAAUAUUCUCGUGGCAGCAGGAGUGGUUGCCUACUUGGGACCAUUUACAAUGCAGUUUAGACAAAAACAGAUAGAAAAUUGGACAACAACUUUGAACAGUUUCGGUGUAGUAUGUUCCAAAGAUUUUCAGCUGACUGCGGUCUUGGGAGAACCAGUAACGAUAAGAGCCUGGAAUAUUUUUGGCUUACCUACAGACACGUUUAGCGUCGAUAACGCCAUUAUUAUUUCUAAUGCCAGACGAUAUCCUUUAAUGAUCGAUCCCCAAGGACAGGCUAAUAAAUGGAUAAAAAAUAUGGAAAAGUCCAAAAAUUUAGCCAUUAUCAGACUAAACCAGGCUGAUUAUGUUAGAAUAUUGGAAAACGCUAUUCAGUUUGGACAACCGGUGCUUCUGGAAAAUAUUGGCGAAGAGAUGGAUCCAGUUUUGGAACCGGUUUUAGCCCAGCAAAUAUUCAAACAAGGAGGUGCGUUAUGCAUAAAACUGGGCGACUCCGUCGUUGAGUACAGCAAAGACUUUAAGUUAUACAUCACGACCAAACUGAGAAAUCCUCAUUAUCUACCGGAAGUUGCUGUGAAAGUCACUUUGGUUAAUUUUAUGAUCACCAAUGUCGGUCUGGAGGAUCAACUGCUUGGAAUUACCGUUGCUAAAGAACGACCUGACUUGGAAUCUGAAAAGAAUGCGUUAAUUAUACAGGGCGCCGAAAAUAAAAAAUCAUUGAAGGAGAUAGAAGACAAAAUCCUGCUGGUAUUGAGUACUUCUCAGGGUAACAUUUUAGAAGACGAAACUGCAGUCCAAAUCUUGAGUUCGUCUAAAACUUUAGCUAAUGAUAUUGCAGCUAAGCAAGCAGUAGCAGAAGUGACUGAACGGCAGAUCGAUAAAGCUCGAUUAGAGUAUACGCCAAUAGCAGCACAUGCGACAAUUUUAUUCUUCUCGAUAGCUGAUUUGGCAAACAUCGAUCCAAUGUAUCAAUACUCCUUGGUCUGGUUCAUAAAUCUAUUCAAGUCAGGGAUCGACAAUACUGAAAGAGUAGAAGAUGUCGGACAACGAUUGAAAGACUUGGAAAAGUACUUCACAUAUUCCUUAUAUGUUAAUAUUUGCCGUAGUCUCUUUGAAAAGGACAAAUUGCUAUUCUCUCUUCUUCUGUGUAUCAACUUAAUGAAGACUCGUGGAGAAAUCAAUACUCCAGAGUGGAUGUUUCUUCUAACCGGUGGUGUAGGUUUAGAAAAUCCAAAUAAAAAUCCCACUGAUUGGUUAGUGACAAAGUCAUGGGAUGAGUUAUGUAGAUUGAAUGAUCUACCAGCCUUUAAUGGCAUCAUGAACCACUUUAUGGCAAACAGCAGAGAAUGGAAAAAAAUUUUCGACUCUGGUGAACCGCAGGACCAUGAACUACCUAGUCCGUGGCAUUCUAAACUGAACGAUUUACAAAGGCUGAUAGUUUUACGAUGUAUCCGGUACGACAAAAUGGUACCUGGUGUUCAAAACUUCGUUACACUACAUCUUGGAAAACGGUACAUAGAACCUCCACCGUUUGAUCUGAUUUCUUCAUUUGGAGAUUCCCAUUGUUGUAUACCUUUGAUUUUCAUUCUAACGCCAGGUGCAGAUCCUACAGCUGUUUUGUUAAAAUUUGCUGAUGAUCAAGGAUUUGGAGCAGCUAGAUUAUUCGCUCUAUCACUUGGACAAGGUCAAGGACCUAUCGCUAUUAAACUAAUUGACGAAGGGGUUAAAAAUGGCACUUGGGUGGUACUGCAAAAUUGUCAUUUAGCAAAGAGCUUUAUGCCGACUUUGGAAAGGAUUUGUGAAAAUUUAACUCCGGAUGCUACCCAUCCUGACUUUAGAUUGUGGCUGACGUCGUAUCCUGCUGAUCAUUUUCCUGUGCUAGUAUUGCAAAAUGGUGUCAAAAUGACCAAUGAACCUCCGAAAGGUUUGAAGAACAACAUAAUCAGAUCUUACAUGAGCGAUCCAAUCUCCGAUAUAGAAUGGUUUGAAAGUUGCCAUCAGAGUGCAGUAUUUAAGAAGCUGUUGUACGCUCUAUGCUUUUUCCACGCAACAGUCCAAGAAAGAAGAAAAUUUGGUCCGUUGGGCUGGAACAUUCCGUACGAAUUCAACGAAACUGAUCUAAGGAUCAGUGUGAUGCAAUUGCACAUGUUUUUACAUGAAUAUGAAGAUAUACAGUACGAUGCUCUACUCUACCUAACAGGGGAGUGUAACUAUGGUGGAAGGGUAACCGAUGACUGGGAUAGAAGAACUUUAAGCACCAUACUUCAAAAGUUUUACUCCAAGGAAGUUGUCCAGAAUGAAAAUUUUCCUUUAGACCCUUCAGGUAAAUACUACGUACCCGAGAAAUCAGAAUACGACGAUUUUCUUAACUACACCCGAAACCUCCCACUCAUCACACAUCCCGAAGUGUUUGGUAUGCACGAAAACGCCGACAUCAUGAAAGACCAACACGAAACUGAUUUGCUCUUUAACAACACACUCCUUACUCAGGACGCCAUGUCGACGAGCGGUUCAGCAAAAUCCCCAGACGAAGUCAUAAUGGAAGUAUCUUCAGAUAUCUUGGCUAGACUUCCGGAAAACUUCGACAGGGACGCCGCUAUGGAGAAGUACCCGACGUCGUACUCGCAGAGUAUGAAUACGGUUUUGGUACAGGAGAUGACGCGAUUUAAUCGUCUUCUUAGUAAAAUCAGGGAUAGUUUGAAGAAUGUACAGAAAGCUACGAAAGGUUUAAUUGUUAUGUCUGUCGAUUUGGAAGAAGUUGUUACCAGCAUAUUGACAGGAAGGAUUCCUCAAAUGUGGGCAAAUGUGUCGUAUCCUUCCAUGAAACCCCUGGGAAGUUACGUCGCCGAUUUUUUGGCAAGAUUACAAUUUUUACAGGACUGGUUUGACAAUAGAGCACCAACUACCUUCUGGAUUUCGGGAUUUUUCUUCACCCAAGCUUUCUUAACGGGCGCUCAACAAAACUACGCCAGAAAGUACACAAUUCCUAUUGAUUUGCUGGCUUUUGACUAUGAGGUGCUGCGAGAACAUCAUUUUGAGAAGCCUCCUGUAGAUGGCGUUUACAUUUACGGACUUUUCCUAGAUGGCGCUCGUUGGAAUGAAGACAUAAUGGAAUUGGAUGAGUCUUUUCCGAAAGUUUUAUAUGAUGCAGUUCCUUACAUGUGGUUAAAACCUUUGAAGAGAGAGGACCUGAAGGAAAGAAAAACCUAUACAUGCCCAGUAUAUAAAACAGCAGAGAGAAGAGGUAUUUUGUCCACCACGGGGCAUUCGACGAAUUUUGUCAUAGCUAUGUUCCUUCCGUCAUCUCAACCUUCCGCGCACUGGAUAAUGCGUGGUGUUGCCAUGUUGUGCCAGUUGUCCCAGUAGUAUAGGAUUUUAUGUAUAAUAUUUAUGAUUUUAUUUAUAUUUUAUUUUAAUAUAUACAAUUUUUAAAUAAAUGUAAACAAAAAUUGUAACGGAUAAUAUAAUCAAAAUAAUUAUAUCGAAGAAACUU